AUGGAAAACUGGCAGCAGUAUUUUACGGAACCAGUUAACCCCCUGACUACGGAAGAUCGUAAAGAAUGGUUGGCAAAGCAGACCGGGGUGGUGAUGAGCUCAGAUGCCUUCCUUCCAUUCAGAGACAACAUAGACUGUGCCAAACAGUUUGGAGUGAUGUACAUCGCGCAUCCGGGUGGCUCGGUCCGAGACGACGAGAUCAUUGAAGCUUGCGAUGAACAUGGCAUCACACUUAUCCACACUGGUCUUCGCCUCUUCCACCACUGA